GACACUUUUAUGCUUGCACGGUUGCACCUUUUAUUUCAGCGACAAAAGAAAAAAAACCUACAACUUCCCUUGUUUUUUCCCCCAAUCUUUUGCACCAAUAACAACGUUGAAUCCAUCACCUCUCCAAUCACCAAUUAUUCGCUAAAGUGACCCUCCGUUUGGGUUUUGUUGUUUCCAACAUCACAACCUAAGUCGAAACCUCCCUCCUAUUGGUCGAUCUGGGGAAAAGAGUCCUCAGAUUUUACACUACAAGAAGCUCUUCAUAAUACUAUCCCCCAAUGGCUGAGGAUAAUAAAGUUCCAGUUAGGCUUGAGGGCAAGUAUGCUGCAAUGCUAGUGUGUUGGCUUUUGGGCAAUGGAUGCCUCUUUUCUUGGAAUAGUAUGUUAACUAUUGAGGACUAUUAUGUCUACCUAUUUCCGGAUUACCACCCCUCCAGGGUCCUUACCCUCAUUUAUCAGCCAUUUGCACUAGGAACACUUGCAAUACUGGCUUACAAUGAGGCGAAAAUGAAUACGAGGAAAAGAAAUCUUUUUGGAUAUAGUCUUUUCUUCAUCAGUACUCUCUUAGUUCUUGUUUUGGAUUUAGCUACAUCUGGUAAGGGAGGGCUAGGAACUUUUAUUGGAAUAUGUGCUAUCAGUGGUGCCUUUGGAGUUGCAGAUGCCCAUGUUCAAGGUGGAAUGAUUGGGGACCUUGCAUAUAUGUUACCUGAAUUCAUGCAGUCUUUCCUCGCCGGACUGGCUGCAUCUGGCGCUCUAACAUCCGUGUUGAGGUUAAUUACCAAAGCAGCAUUCGAGAAUUCAAAGGAUGGUCUUCGAAAUGGUGCAAUUCUGUUCUUCUCUGUAUCUACAUUCUUUGAGCUGCUUUGUGUCCUCCUAUAUGCAUUUGUCUUCCCAAAGCUGCCGAUAGUGAAGUACUAUCGUGCAAAAGCAGCUUCAGAGGGAUCAAAGACUGUUGCUGGUGACCUUGCUGCAGGGGGAGUUUACAAGCAAGAAGGAUCAGAAACAAAGAGUAAGCAUGGUCCUGAACAUGUGGAGCGACUUAACAACAAACAAUUGUUAUUGCAGAACAUAGACUACGCAAUAGAUUUGUUUCUCAUAUACGCUCUAACAUUGUCAAUUUUCCCGGGAUUCUUGUCUGAGGAUACUGGAUCUCACAGCUUAGGAUCAUGGUAUGCACUUGUCCUUAUUGCGAUGUAUAACGUGUGGGAUCUCAUAGGAAGAUACGUGCCACUAAUCAAAUGCUUAAAACUGGAAUCGCGGAAAGGACUCAUGUUGGUGAUUCUCUCGCGUUUCCUACUUAUCCCUGCCUUCUACUUCACAGCCAAAUAUGGUGAUCAGGGUUGGAUGAUUAUGCUCACAUCCUUCUUGGGACUAAGUAAUGGCUACCUCACAGUCUGUGUCCUCACUUCUGCACCAAAAGGUUACAAGGGACCAGAGCAGAAUGCACUGGGAAAUCUUCUAGUGUUGUUUCUUUUAGGAGGCAUAUUUGCUGGUGUAACUCUAGACUGGUUGUGGCUUAUAGGCAAAGGUUGGUAAGAAUCAUAUUAGAUGCUUUUCAAACUUCAGAUUUUCUCCAGUCAUUUAGUCUCAACAAAGAUGUCUCUUAUCUAAUUUCAUCCAAUGUAAAUAGCCGUGAUGUUAUGUUCGCCAGUAACAUAGCGGUGGUUUUUUCUCUUGUUGAUUGAUUUUCUUUCUUUUUCUUUUUUCUUUUGGUUAAUUUCCUUAGAUAUUAAUUUGUCCUUCAUUCUUAAAGCUAUAGUUCUGUUGAUUAUCAUUAAAUGGAUGGAAUUAUGGGAGACCUAUUUUCAGUUA